UCGCUGCCCAGGGCAAGCAGAGAAGGCGGAAGUAGGGGCGUCCGCAGCUGGGGCUGGGGCUCCGGGCGGCCCGGGGUCGCGGUCGAAGAGGCCUUCGGGUGGAGAGAUUGGCGUGCAGGCAGUCUCAGCUCGGAGUGAGGAGUCUUGGCGGAGCGGAGUCGUGCGCCCGGGUGGAGUCGGCGGCCCAGCGGACGGGAGCGAGCGGUUGAUAAUCACGUUACUAUGAGUCUGCUAAAUUGUGAAAACAGAUGCGGAUCCAGCCAGUCUGAGAGUGACUGCUGUGCCGCCAUGGCCAGCUCCUGUAGCGCUGCGGCGAAAGAUGACAGUGUGAGUGGAACCGCCAGCACGGGGAACCUCUCCAACUCUUUCAUGGAAGAGACCCAGGGGUAUGACGUGGAGUUUGACCCGCCCCUGGAGAGCAAGUAUGAGUGCCCCAUCUGCCUGAUGGCUCUCCGGGAGGCAGUGCAGACACCGUGCGGCCACAGGUUCUGCAGAGCUUGCAUCAUCAAAUCAAUAAGGGAUGCAGGUCACAAAUGUCCAGUUGACAAUGAAAUACUGCUGGAAAAUCAACUAUUUCCUGACAAUUUUGCAAAACGAGAGAUUCUUUCUCUGAUGGUGAAAUGUCCAAAUGAAGGUUGUUUGCACAAGAUGGAACUGAGGCAUCUUGAGGAUCACCAAGUACAUUGUGAAUUUGCUCUUAUGAAUUGUCCUCAGUGCCAGCGUCCCUUCCAAAAAUGCCAACUUAAUAUUCACAUUCUCAAGGAGUGUCCAAGGAGACAGGUUUCUUGUGUAAACUGUGCUGCAUUGAUGGCAUUUGAAGAUAAAGAGAUCCACGACCAGAACUGUCCUUUGGCAAAUGUCAUCUGUGAAUACUGCAAUACCAUGCUCAUCAGAGAACAGAUGCCUAAUCAUUACGACCUGGACUGUCCUACAGCCCCAAUUCCAUGCACAUUCAGUACUUUUGGUUGCCAUGUAAAGAUGCAGAGGAAUCACUUGGCACGCCACCUGCAAGAGAAUACCCAGUCGCACAUGAGAAUGUUGGCCCAGGCUGUUCAGAGUUUAAGCCUUGCAUUACCUCCUGUACCUCAGUGUGAUAUGCCUCCAUACGAUUCUUCCUCUGUGUCCCGGGUUUCCACUGGGUGUCACCCAGAGGUCCAGAAUUUCCAAGAAACCAUUCAGCAGUUAGAGGGUCGCCUUGUAAGACAAGACCAUCAAAUCCGAGAGCUAAUUGCUAAAAUGGAAACUCAGAGCAUGUACGUAAAUGAGCUCAAACAAACGAUUCGAACCCUUGAGGACAAAGUUGUUGAAAUAGAAGCACAGCAGUGCAAUGGGAUUUACAUCUGGAAGAUUGGCAACUUUGGGAUGCAUUUGAAAUCUCAAGAAGAGGAGAAACCUGUUGUCAUUCAUAGCCCUGGAUUCUACACAGGCAAACCCGGGUACAAACUGUGCAUGCGCCUGCACCUUCAGUUACCAUCGGCUCAGCGCUGUGCUAAUUACAUAUCCCUCUUUGUGCACACAAUGCAAGGAGAGUAUGACAGCCACCUCCCUUGGCCCUUCCAAGGUACAAUCCGCCUUACAAUUCUUGAUCAGUCUGAGGCACCUAUAAGGCAAAACCAUGAAGAGAUCAUGGAUGCCAAACCAGAGCUGCUUGCCUUCCAGAGACCCACAAUCCCACGGAACCCAAAAGGUUUUGGCUAUGUGACUUUUAUGCAUCUGGAAGCCCUGAGACAGAGAACCUUCAUUAAGGACGAUACUUUAUUAGUGCGCUGUGAGGUCUCUACCCGCUUCGACAUGGGUAGUCUCCGGAGGGAGGGUUUUCAGCCACGAAGUACUGAUUCAGGGAUGUAGCAUCCCUGCAUGUGUUUAAAAAAAAAAAAAAAAAAAGCCGUCUGGAGAAAGCCAUCUUUCCUUGCCUUGUUCUCAAUAAUACGCAAACAAAAAAAGAAGUGGAAAGACGUUGUACCCAGCAGUGAAUGCUAUUACUGAGGUCACUUACCGCUUCUUCCCGUUACAGAUCUCGGAAGCGGUUUUUCCCUUGGAACCUACAUGUUCCACAGUUUCACAAAGACUGGAGUGCCUGUGGCAUAUUGCAGCGGCUGUCUGUCUGUCUGUCAGUCAGUAUACCUCUUUGUUGCACUUCAUGGGCUUUUUUUGCUCCAGUGUGUUUUAUUGUCAAAAAGCCCAGGGUUGGAGUAGUAAAGCUCAAACCUUUUAAUAAUAAUGGACGUUCCGUAAAACUUCAGCUUAUUUUUAUAUUAUAUGUAAUAUAUUAAAUUUGAGAAUCACUACUGCCUCGUGCUGGUGCCAGCGGGAAUUAUUACUCUGGAGCUGAGUUCUCAUUUAUUUGACCUUCUAUAGAUUUCAGAGGAUUUGAACCUUAAUCCUUGGAAAGUUUAAGUUCUCGUUUACUCCAUUUCACCCCCACCCCCGGGGUGCGACUAAGGAUAUUCAGGAACUAGUUUAAACCCCAGGUAUGACCUUACCUAUUUAGUGCGAACACGUCUGUUGAAUAAUUCUUACUUGUUUCAGUCUACCUGGCUUGCAUAUUUCCUUGCGGCGACAUGUAGCAUCUUCUCCAUAGUUUCAAUUGCUGAGGACCAUAUGGAUACCAACUGCCCAGUGUUAUGCCAUAAAUCCCUUUUUGCCUGUUCACUGCAGAUUGAAUUCCACAGCCUUACGUAUGUUCUCUGCUACUCACGGCUUAUACGACAAGGAGAUGCACACAUAUAAUCACCAACAUACAAAAUAUGUCAUGGGGUGCCUGGGUGGCUCAGUCGGUUGGGCGUCCGACUUCAGCCCAGGUCAUGAUCUCACAGUGCGUGGGUUCGAGCCCCGCGUUGGGCUCUGUGCUGACAGCUCAGAGCCUGGAGCCUGUUUCAGAUUCUGUGUCUCCCUGUCUCUCUCAGCCCCUCCCCCACUUGCACUCUGUCUCUCUGUCUCUCUCAAAUAUAAACAUUAAAAAAAAUUUUUUUUUUUAAAUAUAUCAACUAGUCAACCAACAUGGCAUCUCCUGGUGGUGGCAGAAGCAAUCUGAGCCAGAAAUUUUCAGCUCUUUUGAACACUCUCUGGGAGUUAGUUAAAUGGAACAAAACUGAUUUCCUAAAAGCAGAAUUUCUUAAUACCUGGGAGAUCCUUGGAGAUAUGUGAGAGGUCAUCAAACCAGGGUGGGAAAUCCUGGUGGUUCUAUCAGGACUUAGCAUGAAUAGGUUCUUUAGUCCAGCAGUAUAUACCUGAGGAGGGUCAUGUGGAAUGUAUCAAAGUGGCUAAGUGUUCCUAAUAGAGAUGGUUUUUAGGCCAUUUGUUGGUUAAGGCCUAUAGAUAUAAAUAUGGUGAAAUCUCAUUCUCAGGGAGUCCCACAGCUAGUCUAGGCUCUUAGAAGACUCUGAGAGGACCCACACACUCUGCUGUUUACACAAGAUUGUUUAAUGCUGUCUGGUCAUGAGAGAUGGUACUUUUGUUUAGAGAAGCCAAAUCCGAGCGUUCAAGAUCAGCCUUAAUUUCAAGAGAAAGCCAAGAGACCUUGUCUGUGGAGCAGAAUGGUUUCGGUUCCAGGCUGACCCAGCAAGUGUCAUUGUGGCCUUUCCCUUUACCUGUCUGUCUGCCCCUCUCCCCCCACAUUUAGACUUCCUCUCUGAUGGGUUCAUGUUCUAGAGUAAACAAAGGUCACGCAGGGAUCCUGUUCCCCAGAGUUACCAACCGUACCACCUGCUCAUCACCGGUUCCCAGUUUGCUUCCUUGACGUCUGUGUCCCUCAGCCGCCGUGCCUUCCAUCUAGCUCCCAGGAAGCGCUGCGGCACCACCAUCUAGGUUCGAAACCCUGCACCGCUGCCCUUCUUGUGACUUUUUCAGUGAAUAACUGUUGAGUUCCAUUUAAGAAGUAAAUGGUAGUUACUUUCAUUACAUAGAAAAAGCCUGAAGGAAAUCUACUGAACUAUUUUUGAGGACUUAUUUUUUUCUUUGUGCUUUCUUCAUAUGUUUUACAUUUUCUACUGCAAACGUAACUUUUAUCAGAGGGGGAAAAUAAGGGGUUGCCACAAAACAUUCAACCCUACCAAAAAAGGAAAUGCUAUUUAAAAGCUUCCUGGUCAAAUUUCUAUUAAAAGCAUGGCUGUGCUUUAAGUUCUGAGGCCAGUCAUUUCCUGCUUUGGUUAUGUUAUUUUUUUUCCUACUAACUCUACUUAAUCCAAACAAAAACAGUUUUUGCCUGAUUUCAACUUCUAGCUUCAGGUUUCCCAUCUGUAAAAUGAGUUGGUUUAGAUGUUUCUAAGGUCCAUUCCAGCCAUAAAAUUCUGUUUUAAGAAAUGAAGUUGUAACCAGCAGAGUGUUGACAAUACUUACUAAAGAGUUUUGCCAGUAGGAAAUGGCCUAACCUUAUUUUUUGCUGACAUAAUAUUCUACUUCAAAUGUGUCCAUCAGCUGGGUCUCCUCUUAAUUCAAAUAAGCAAUUUUUUUUUUUUUAACCCGCAAACAUUUUGUAAGAAACCAGGCACUUAUUUUAUACUGGCCAUUCAUUGUGAAUAUAGAAUAAAAGUAAUGGUCAAACUGUCACUCUAAAUAGAAACUUUUGUUAAGAUUUCAACUCAGAAUCAAGCGUGGGUUUUCAAAUCCGCCCCACUCACACGUGCUGGUUUCACUCAAUUGGCUCACCCAGUGUUUGCCCCAUGUAUUUUUAUUUUAUUGAUCUUUUAAACAUGUUUAUCUUCUGACGUCAUCUUGAACUUAGCGAAAUUGUUUCCUCUUUUCCCAGAGGUGUCCAACCCAGUGUUGGAUGAAAGUUGUUGCAAGUCAUAUAUUUUGCUGCAGGAAAACAAGUCAGGAUGUCGAUUGGUAGUUUGGUAGUUUUUACCGACCCUCAGCCCUUGCAGCAAUGGCGGUUUCUGGCUAUGCUACAGUGGGAUGCAACUUUUAUUGUGGGGGUGAAUAAAGUGAAGUAGAAGGAAAGGCAAGUUUUGUUCCUCUAAUACUGGAUUAACAUAGAGACGUUGGAUGAUACCUGGCAGUUUCUGUGACAGGUGUAAAAUGAUGUUCUCCGUUACUGUUUCUGUGCCAGUAAGUCUUAGAUGAGGUAAGCAGGAAGAGGUGAGGAAUUAUGCAUCCAGUUAGAUUACAUUCUCCAUAAAGAGGAACAGUUAUCCACGGAACUGUCAAUUCUCUGGUGACCAGAAAACACUUUUAAUUAGUAGAGAGGUUUUUCUGACUUAAGACUUUAAAGCGAUGUUCUUUACUUGUUACUCCUCAUUUUUUUGGCUUGCCUCGAUUAAGUUACACUCAUCAUUUUAUACAAAACACCAUUAGGUGUUUUUUUGUGAUGCCUAGCUCUACAACGCCUAAGCAGUGCAGUGCCUUAAAUGAAAAAUGGACAAUAGUCAUUUGUAGAUUUCUUUUGGAAUACAUUUUUCUCUAAAUUUCCCAGAUUCGCAUGAUAAGCUUAUAGUUAGCUUCACAGUUGAUACCAUUGCCAUCUAUGGAAUGGGGUCAACACUUCCAAAUUCCCAGUAUCCAGAAAGAUGAUUUGAUGAAACCUGGUUAGAUGGAUCUCUACAGAUUGUAAUAUUCAAUUCCAGCCUUCACUUAUAGUCAUGCACUUGCAAGGAGAGGACUACUGGUUUCUCCAAAUGUCACCUAAGCCUUUAAUGCUUUAAAGCUUUUUCCUUCCCCCCAAUUGUUACUAUGAAUUUAUAAGAUACUAAAAAAUAAUGCCAGAUGGGGCAUACAUUUUGUAGAAUGAGGAGAUGUGGUGCUCUUUUUUUCCUCUCAAAGUGCUUUCUCAGCAGGACACUAGCCCCGCCUUGAGGACAAGAGGGAAGGAGAGGCGGACUCUUCUGCUCUCUCCAGGCUUGCCGCUGAAACAGCCCUCCUGGAAGGUCAGCAAAGCACACUGCGUUGCUGCUGCCCAGCGGGGUUUCUGGAAGGGAGCACCUGCUGGAGAUUCCCUGCCCCUGCUGACCGAUGGCAUCCGCCCAGUGCUCCUGCCCAUGGACUUCAGGGUCCAAGCUAAAGUGCCAACGGGGAAGAGAAAGUACGGAUUCCUGCGUUACAAGAGAGAAAUGCCGCUGGUCUUAGAAGCCUGUAAUGACUUACUCCAGUCCUCAGGAGAGUGUAAACAUUGAGGGACAGGGACACUGUCCCAUUCACCACCGAAGUGGUGAGUGCCACUGCACAGCGCCUGGCACAAAGUACACGCUCAUAGACUUUUAGUAAGGAGCAGCUAACAAAAAUUCUGGUUCACGCCGGCCAAUUUCUGGUAGUUUAUUUGUCGCAUGUAAGUUUUGGGUGGAAGUGUAUAGACGGGUUUUUUCUGUUUUUUUUCUUUUUUUGUUUUUUGGCUUGUUUGCUUUUUACCUCCGCGCUUCGUGAUAUUUUUCAAACGUUCAAAAAUGUUGAAUGAAUUGUACAGUGAACAACCACCACCUAGCCUCUACGAGUAACAUUUUGGAACAUUUGCUUUCUUACUUAGAAAGUGUUAAUUUUAAUGAGACUUCCUCAAGUUUGGUUUCUCUUUAAAAAUCUAAGAUAAUUAGCCUCUACCGAGUCAUCUUAAACUCUUUGAGGAAACGUGUGAUAUGUGAGCUGUAGCUAGAAUUGUAGUCCUUGCUUUCAGCUUGUCUUCAACUUGGAAAUCUAUUAUGCUGAAUUUUAAUCUUAUUUAUUUUGCCUGAAGGGAUCCUUUUUAUAAUGGAUUUAUGUGAAAGUCCUCGAUCAAUUGUGCAGAAUAUUCUGAUGUUAUUUUCGCACUUGAUAAAUUAUCCAAUUAAUUUCUCUGGUGAGAAUGUAAUUUGGGGCCCAUUUUGCUUACACAGGGUUCCAGGAUUAUGUUCCCAGAGGGCUGAGGAGGCAGUGUAAUUUAGCAUAUAUACCAGUAAAUUAGGAGUGAAGAGACUGCUGACUGACCACGGGCAAAUCCGUUCUCUUUGUCUCGGUGUCUGUUUAGGUACCUGUAAAGAGGAGGAUAACAUUUGAAAUUUGGAUAUUAUUAAGUAAUGGGUAACAUUUAUUAAUGCUUGGAUCUGUUCAGAAAGAUGCUUUAUGAGCCCGGGAGGCUCUUCUAAGUGUGUAACUGUAUGAUAAGCUAUGGGAUGAAAGCUGACUUGAAAAUGAAAGCAUGGGCCGUGGUCAGAGUAUCUUAUCAAAAAGCCUGCUGUUGCUCAGAAUUUACUAUUGCUGUGGAAUUUGUGAGCAGGUUUGCUAAUCCACCUGGACUCAAAAUAAUGUGCUUUGUGAGAGGGAGUGAAGCAAAGGUGGCAGGGGGAGGCUAAUCACAGAAAGACUGAAAAUCAGUGUUGAGCAGGACAUGUGGAAGGGCGUGCGUUAAUGGCAUUACCAAGAUUCACUCCCACAUGCCCUCCACUGCCCCCCCUCCAACCACCCCCAUCACCAUGCACAACACAGACAGCAAGCCCUGCUGCUGCCCCGGCUCAGCCUCUGGUGAUCUCCGUCAGGAUGGUGGGGGUGGCCGAGCGAUAAGCAGGGUCUCUACUCCAUUGGUAGAUAAGCGUGACCUGUUCUUUCCAGCCCAAGGUUAUGCAUAUAGAUUCACAUGUAUCUCACAGAGGCACUUGGAGAUUUUACAGUAGAUCAUGUAUUAGUAGUGGUUACAAGAGUAUCACCAAAACAGAGUUUCUGGAAUGGCACCUUAACUGAAUAUUAACUUAGAAGAAAACAUGCCAGGGGGCGCCUGGGUGGCUCAGUCGGUUAAGCAUCUAACUUUGGCUCAGGUCAUGAUCUUGCAGUUCCUGAAUUUGAGACCCGUGUUGGGCUCCGUGCUGACAUCUCAGAGCGUGGAGCCUGCUUCAGAUUCUGUGUUUCCCUCUCUCUCUGCCCCUCCCCUGCUUGCACUCAAAAAUAAAUAAACAUUAAAAAAAUUCUUUUGUAAAGAAGAAAACAUGCCAGACUGACCUGCCUACCUGCUCCCACCUGUUGUGGAUAUUGUCAGCCUAUAUAUAGCACCAACAUCUUUACCAAAGGAGUACUCUUAAUUAAAGUGAAAUACAUAUAUUAAAAUAUAACUGGUAUUCUGGGUGUUUGUUUUAAUAAAAUAACUAUACUGCUUGGA